AAUGCUAUCCUCUUCGAUUUUGUUGAAAGCAAUUUGAAAGGUGUGGAAGAUUACACAAAGGCUCUCCAAAUCGUACAUGAUCAAGAACCAAUGCAAGCAUAUCUUUCUAAUUACGCAAUUCCCAUUGUUGCGGAUUGGCCUGGUCAGUUUUUCAUUCGUAAAGCUAUUGUACAUUGGCUUAACAACAACGAAGCUAUUCCUUCAUUCAUUACAGCAUUUUUACCUAUUAUGGACCCUCUCCAUGUGUCUUUAAAUGGUCAUGAACUCGUAUUUAAGGAAAAUUCGUUUUUAUUUAACAAUAUUUAUAAAGGACUAUUUGGAAAUUGUAAGAAUCUUGGUAAGAAGCCACGGCCAUGGCAAAUUGAUUUAAUUCUUCACAUCAUGCGCAUGGCAUGGCUUGAUAUAGAUGCUAUUGUUUAUUCUAAUGAUAGUCCUGUAGAAAUUAUUCACAGUAUUAUUCGACGACGUACAGCUAAGUUUUCCACUGCACAACAACUGCAAAAGGAGGCACGUUUUAUUUUUCAACAUCGAGAGGAUAAUACUUUUAGACAACAUUUCAUAAAUUCUGUUAAAUAUCCAUAUACACCGAAGCAAUUGCAUAUGCUUACACGAAA